AAGUUCACACCAUUGUUAGUCGGUACCUCAUGCAGCUAUGAUGUGGAUAUUGUUCGUAACUAUUUUUAUAGUCCUCCUGACUUAUUGGAGUUUUAAGAAACCUAAAAAUUAUCCCCCCGGUCCCAUAUCACUACCUAUCUUUGGAAACCUCCUGUCGGUGUGGAUAGCUCUAAAGACAUAUAAACUACAUCAUGUCGUGUGGAAGAAGUGGUCGGAGAAGUAUGGCAACAUUAUGGGGCUUAAACUUGGAGUCCUAGACGUGGUGGUAGUCACCGGCAAAGACCUCAUCAUUGAAGUCUCCAACAGAGAGGAGUUCGAUGGAAGACCGGACGGACUUGCGUUCUUGAUGCGGUCUUUCGAGAAGAAACUUGGUCUAGUGUUCUCCGACGGUAAGAUCUGGAACAAGUCGCGUAAGACUGUGGUGAAAUGCCUUAGGAACUUCGGUUUCGGAUCUCGGUCCAUGGAGUACCAGAUCAUAGAGGAGUGUAACGCGCUCGUGGACUACCUGGUGGAAACCGCCGGACAACCCAUUAAAGCCAACCACAUGUUCAACGUACCCAUCAUCAAUAUUCUCUGGAAGCUGGUGGCUGGGAAACGGUACGACAUAAAGGACGAGAGGCUGGAACAACUAUGUACCCUGGUGUACCGCUCCUUCAAGACCAAUAACAUGAGCGGAGGGCCGCUCAGUUCCCUGCCUUUCCUGAGAUACGUCAUACCCGACACCAUCGGGUACACUGAGGCCAAGAUGAUACAUAGGGAGCUAAAUGCUUUCUUCUCGGAAAUAAUUGCGGAACACAAAGCUACCGUCGACCCCAAGAAUCCGAGAGACGUCAUCGACAUACUUUUGAUUGACAUGAUGCAGAAUAAGGAGAUUUUCACAAUGGAAGAACUCCACGUCAUAAUGUUGGACCUGCUGGAAGCCGGUGUGGAGACAGUCAACAAUACGACGGUGUUCAUGCUCAUACACCUACUCCUCAAUCCUGACGUCCAGGCAAAGUUACAGAAGGAGAUCGACGCUGAAGUCGGCACGAGAAAACCCAUCCUAGACGACCGAUCAAGAAUGGUGUAUACGGAGGCGGUGAUAUUGGAGGCUCUGAGGAUAUCCACAGUGGCUGCUAUGGGCAUACCGCACAAGGCCAUGGAGGACGCUAAGCUCGGAGACUACUUUAUACCAAAGGGCACUGUCAUAUUGCUGUCGGCCUAUGAGUUACACAACGGAGAUCACUGGAAGGAGCCGACAGUUUUUCGGCCGGAGCGGUUCAUUACGUCAGAUAACAAAGUACGACACGAAGAUGGCCUUUUGCCCUUCGGAUUAGGAAAAAGGAGGUGUAUGGGUGAGGGGCUGGCGAGAUCUGAAUUAUUCAUAUUCCUCACUCACGUUUUGCAGAGAUUUAAUAUCAAGGUGCCAGAUGGUGACCCCCUACCGUCUACGGAACCCGUCGAUGGAAUCACUCUGUCUGCUAAAGACUUUAACAUCGUAUUCGAACCCAGAUUUUAAAGUC